AUGAUAGACAUAUUAGAUAAAACAAUACCUGUAACCACGAUACGUACCCAUGCGUCUGACAAGCCAUGGAUGACGGCUUAUAUCAAAAAAGAGAUUAAAGCGAGGCAAAAAGCCUAUACUACUCGGAACAUGACCAAAUAUAGACAAUUGGCUGAUAAGAUCAUUACACUUAUCAAGAAAGCUAAAGCAGAAUUUUAUUCAUCUAAGGUCAAAAGCAAACGCAAACACGAUGCAGCAAAAUGGCAUAGAACGAUAUCCCAGUUAGCUGGCUUUGAAGGUGACAAUUUAAACAACAACUUAAUUUCAGACAGCACUCCCGAUACAGUGGAAAUACUGCAGAAUAUAUUUACUAAACCAUGGUCAAAACUUCCUGAAACCAUACUCCCUAGUCUUGAAGACGUAGCGUCAUCACUGAGGCAAGAAAAUCCUCCUACUCCCUCAAUUGGACAGGUUAAGACUGCCUUGAAACAACUAAACUCUAAAAAAGCCAACGGGUCCGAUGGGAUUCCAGCAUGGGUGCUUAAACGAUACUGUGAAGAACUAGCGCCCAUCGUUCAUGACAUUAUUUGCGCCAGUAUAAAAGAAUGUGAAUAUCCAACUGCGUAUAAACACGCCUUAGUUAUCCCAGUUCCGAAGGUCAAUCCACCUAGAGAUAUAGAGAAUGACUUUCGCCAGAUAUCCAUUCUUCCCCAAAUGGCUAAAGUGCUGGAAAAGCUGCAGCUCAAACUGAACCUUCCCAGUUCACGUAUAAAUGAUAAUCAGCAUGCCUUUACAAGCAAACGAUCAACCGUGUCCGCACUCACCAACAUCUCGCAGAACUGGUUUAAUGUGACCGACAAUACUCAUAGCGCCAAAAAUGGAGUUCAUGCACUAUUCAUAGAUUUUCGCAAAACGUUUGACCUUGUUGACCACGGAAUUCUACUUCGUAAGCUCGCAGAAAUGAAUGUAACCAAAGCCUUUUGGCUAUGGACGUGUAGUUUUCUGGAAGAUAGAAGACAACAGGUCAAACUAGCAGGAACCCUAUCAUCGGUCAAACCUUGUCCUGCAGGAGUCCCACAAGGUUCUGUGAUGUCCCCCGCUCUUUUUAAUAUUCACAUUAAUGAUAUUGAGAACUCAAUCCCAAAUGGAUUAUCCAUAAACAUAUGCAAAUACGCGGAUGAUUGUACACAGGACGAAGUGGUGUCACAAGAUUCAUCCAGCCAUAUGCAGGAGGCCCUUGAAGCAGUACAAGAAUGGUCUAAUAGGAACAAAAUGACGAUAAAUUCGAAGAAAACAAAAGAUAUGUGGAUAUGUUUUAACACAGCAAUACCGGCACCAGAACCAUUGGUUAUUGGAAACGAGGUAGUGGAAAGAGUAAAUUCUCAUAAACUGUUGGGUGUCUGGCAUCAAAACAAUUUGAAAUGGAACUGUCAUGUUAAGAACAUUGUAAGGAAAGCAAAUAAACGAAUGUUUAGUCUGAGAGAAUGCCGUAGGGCGAAUCUUCCUCCUGAGAUCGGUAUUACAUGUUAUGAAUCCAAGAUUAGACCUGUUUUAGAAUAUGCAGCUCCGAUAUGGGGUGGUUUACCACAAUAUCUCAUUGAUGAAAUAGAGAGCAUUCAAAACAGAUGCAUCAAAAUCCUCGGCACAUCUCGGUGCAACUUUGAAACGCUAGAACAAAGAAGGGCACACCUAACUAUUACGGAAUAUCAAAGAAUUCUAAGUGAUCCGACCAACCCAUGUAAUAAACUUAUCCCCCAACCUUAUACCCAUGAACACGAUCUAAGAACAACAAAUAAUCUACCAUAUGUUGUAUCGUAUACUAAAAGACACGGGCAAUCCUUUAUACCUAGAGCUAUAUCCCUUUUAAAACAGUCCUAA